AUGUUACGUUGUGUAAAACGUAAGUCUAGUAAAAGUAGGACACCAACACCCAGUAAUUCAAAUGAAAGAGGUUGUUCAACACUACCGCGUAUGCGUCAUCGAUCGGAAAGUGAUGAGAACGUUUCAGAAAAACCGUCAUCUUCAUCAUCUCGGCUGACAAGAUGGGCAAUGGAGAAGAAAUCUGCUACUUUAACAGCUGGUUGUACACUAUCUGGGAAUGAGUCAAAGACAAAAAGUAAACCGUUUACAUUUUUGCGAACACUGUCAUUGAGUUCUUUAUUCUCACCAUCAAGAAGACGACGAAAGAUGACUCUACUACAGCAUAUUCAUCAGCCAAAUAUUCAACAGAGAGAAGAUGAAACUGAUGUAAGUCCGUCAGAAGGAUCUCUCACACCUACUGCAGAAGAAACCUAUCAACAUGGGCUCAACGAGGUACAAAAACAAGAUCUAUUUCUGAAGAAGUUAACAAAAGAAGCCUUCAGUUUUUCUAGAGAUGAAACAAACAAAACACCAACAGAUGAAAAACCCAAUGUCUUACCUGAACAAAAACACUUCAACAGACAUUCAGAUGAGCAACAUGAUUCAGGUAGAAGUUCAACUAGGGAGUCAGCUGAAGUUUCUUUGGCUUCAGACAAACCAAGAAAGGACAUCGUGAACGGCUUUCCAAAUGAAUCUGUAAAACAUCUAACUGUGGGACUCAAACGUGCUCAUGUCGCAGCCGAAGAUAAGACUGUGAUAACUGGGAAUUACAUACUCAGAAUAUUUUGCUCAAAAUACGGUAAAAUUGUUGUCAAGUCUAAAAAUGCUCAUUCUUCACAAAUCUAG